AUGCAAAAAGUAUGGACUGAUUCACCAAUAAUAAAAGAUAUAUUAAAUUUACUUCCAUCACCUAAUCAAAUUCUUAAUAAUCAACUUAAUUCUAUUAGUAAUCAAGAUUUAAUUGAAUCAAUAGAACCAUUUAAUGAAUUAGCUGCUUAUUAUGCUCAAAUGGCAACUCAAAAUCUUGAUUUAAAUCAACAACAUCAUCCAUUAUUAAAUUCAUGUCGUUCUCUUACUUCAACUUUACGUGAAGAAGUAACAUGGCAUUCAACACAACUUCGCCUUAUUCAAUUAAUUGAGCGUUUUCCUCGUUUAAAACCAUUAUUAAUAACAUCAAAUAAAUAUGAUGUAUUUUUUGGCGAUGAUGAUGAAAUUGAAGAAACUUUUCAACAAGUUAAAUUUCUUCUAAGUGCAACUAAAACACAACAAGUUUCUUAUUCUAUUUGUCAAUAUUUACAAUUACAAUAUGAACAACAACAAACUAAAGAUAAUUCAUUUCAGAAUUAUCGAUUACGUAUAUUUUGGUUAACUGACAGUGAUUGCUCAGAUGUUUUACCCAUUCUUGAUCGUUUUCGUAAUUUAUCACAACAAACAGGUUUAUUAAUUGAUUUACAUUAUACUGAUUCUGAUCCAAUACAACUUGCAAAUGCUCAACAAACAUUUAAUACACAUCUAACAAAUCAAAUAAAAAAUUUAUCUAUUAUUUAUGAUGAAACAAUUGAUUUAUAUGAUAGUAAAACAUUUGAAAAAAUACCAAUAGAAUCCUUUGAUAUUAUAUUUUCUACAAAUCAACUUCAAGAAAAUCAAGAUUUGAUAAAUUCUUUAAUUGAUCUUCGUCGUUUACUUGUUCCUAAUGAUCUUCUUUUAUUACUUGCAUUAGUUCAUGUUCCUCUUUAUUUUGAUCUUAUUUUUAGUUUUAUUGAUCAAUGCUGGUCAUCAUCAUCUGAUGAUGAUAAUAAUAAUCCAUUUGAACAAAAUGAAGAACUUAUAUGUGGAACAUUAUCACGUAUUCUUCAAACAAUUCAAAAAUCAUCACCAUAUUUUUAUCCAUUUGUAUAUGUUCUUACAGAUCAUGCUCAAUUUAAUAAUGAUUCGAAUCUUAAUAUAAUUGUAUCACCAUUUAUUGGACUUGCACGAAGUUUAAUAACUGAAUAUGAACGAAAUCGAUUAAAACUUAUUGAUCUUCAAAUAUCAUUAAAUAAUAAUAAUCAAUCAAUAUUUCUUCAUAUUUUAAUAG